AUGACUACUCGUCGAGGUAUCCCAGGUGAGUUGGAUAUUGCUUCGUUGGAUAACUCCGCCGCGAACGUCAGUGUCGCGAGCGUUGAGGAAGUCGACUCCGCCCCUGCACCAGGUGCUGCAGGCGAGCGCGUUGAGCCGCCGUCCGUUCCCUCGGUAGGGAACGCUGACGCACGCCCCGUGGUUCACGGUGAGGCAAUGGUAACUAACGGGACCGAGGCUCAGUCUGUAUUGAGUGGUCAUCCCUUAUCAGGCACCGAGGGACCAGGCGCUCCUUCGUCGCCGCCGUCUUCGCGCACCUCGACCCCUUCCUUCACACUUCGGCGAGUAGACUGGUCUGAGGUUCGAGAAGAUGGAGAUAAUGUUGGAGGUGGUAUCCCCGCUUCGUGGUGUGAUAGAGUUAAUCUACAGCCUAAUAUGUUAAUUGAUAUUUUGUCUGGUAUCGAGGAUGCCAAUGAAAGAUUUGCCGUCCUGGACUACCACUUGAUGAAGACUAAGGAAUCCAAAAAGCAGUCUCCUGAGGACAAGGCAGUCCGGGAUGCUGACGACAGCUCACGAGCAAUGAUAAGUGAGGAAGUACCUUCUCCGCAUGCUAAGGCUGCUCGUUUUGCGCCUGUGACCGGGCCUGAUGAAGUGCUAGUCAUGCGCACCGUCGGGACAACUGAAGGACACAUCGAGAAUGUGCCGGCUGAUUCCCGAAAUCACUCCGCCAAGGAGGUUCGGUCGACGAUUAGUCCCUCGGACGUGGUUCGCGGGGCGAAGACGAUCACUACGAUAAAGUCGGAACCGCAUGUUGGUCGGGCUGGAUCGCAAGUUCCGUCGACCGGCUAUAUUCAGACUAUCCUAGGUGGUGAUCCCCCUGGGUCGGACCCGUCUGAUUCCUCAAGUGACUCGGGUAACGACUCUGAUGACGAGCGCAUUAGCGACACCUCAAGUGCUCGCUCGGACACCUCGCUCAAUACUCGUCAGCGUAAGAAGCUUAAGAGAAAACUAUACAAGGCUUCACGUCGUAUCAAAUCAAAGCAUGAAAACAAGCUCCCGAAAGGUGUUCGGAUUGAAGAGCCUUCACGCUGGGAUGGGACCCCGAACUACGACAGAAACGAGGCUAAAACGGUCCUUAAAACGAGCACCGUGACUUCCCCUAAUAUUGAGACGGCGGCUGCGCUCGCUGCCGAAUCUCGUGGCGACUCUAACCGUAACUUGAAUGCUGCUUCUCUCCACCGAGCGUCGACUGCUAUCACUCAGGCUGGAGACUCUGCCAACCGCAUUCGCAAAUCACCCAAUACGCCUGGAAUUAACAACACCUCCAGCGGGGGCACAGCGACUAAGAAUAACAUUCGAGGCAUUUCUACGAACCAACGCAGGCUAUCUCAGACCGAAAUGGAUGAAUUGCGCAGCGCUGGCAAGUGCUUCAAUUGUCGAGAAGUAGGACACAACUCGCGCAAUUGCCCUGAUCGACACUCUGCGCGCGCGCCUCGUCUGCGUUCCGCUAAUAUCCGUGCAUCGUCGGUCAACAUAGGCAGACUCGAGCAACUUACUAAAGAGCAGGACACCAUGCUGAAGCUAUCGGCUUGCCGCCUUGAACGACUGGCUCCUGACCCGGCAUGCAAUCCGGAGGGCGUCGGGAGUCUUCUUGGCGAUAACGAGGUGCUGGCGAUAGACGUCCGAUUCCUUGUUUACUUCGUAAGUGAUGAUAUUGUGAUUCUCGAUCGCGAACAGAACUCGACAUUCUGUCUGCCUCUACUCUGGUUCCGACGAAAGCGCUUCCGGCAGUUCUUUCGACGACUACCUUCCUACCUCGAAGGCCUUCUUGCUUUGAAGGAUAAUGAUGAUUUUGUUGUCUCGGAUAUCGACAUGUCGUCUCAGUCGGAUGCUCCCUGGUUCUCGCUGGAACACAUCAACUCGGAACUGUGUUCUCAAGCAAACUCAGAGGAUGAUCUCGUGGCUCGUCAAAUUCUCCUGGAGGGCGACAAUGAAUCGGAAUCUGGUGAAGAGCAGGCCGAUGAAUCCACUUGUAGCUCGAUGCCCUCUCUGGUGACAGUCUCUGAUAGUACUGUCUCGGGAUCAACGGAUUCACUGGUAAGGGCUGUCUGGCAUUUUCUGUUAUGA